GGAUUGAUCCGCGGAAGGUCAACCCGUUUGGCUCUCUAUGGUUAGCGAACCGCGGUCACAUGGAAAUGGUCGGUCCAUGGUCCAUAAUUCGCGAUCCUGAAACGUUUUUCUCCUGAACUCGUUGCUGCUGAUUGCUGAAGACAACUAUAUUCAGGACAUUCUUGGAUUUUUUAAAAGAUGAGGAGCACAAGAAACCCAUCAGAAGAAUAUUCAUUCUAUUGGUUGUUUUUAACUUCAGCCACAGCUGUUUUGGUCCAGGCACUUGGAGUUGCUUCAAUUGCAGUUCCGAGUUCCAACUGCUACACUCUUGACAAUUCCAGUCACAUUUAUGAUUUUAGUGGGUGGAUUGGAAAUCCAUUUGAGUAUGAUGGGAAGGAUUCUGACUUGGUGGUUCGAUUUUGUAAAGAUGUAGAGAGCAGAUCACAAACGGGAUAUGUGGAUUUUGGCAGAUUUGAUAAGUCCAACUUUUUUGUUGCUGGUUCAGGUCAUGUUAACUUUGUUCAGGACUUCUACAAUGGCGAUUUGAUAAAUUGUGAGCAUAGUUAUGACAAGGUGGGACGUACAGCUCAGGUAAAUAUCAUUUGUGGGAGUUGUCCAAACGGAAAAUGCAAAGGUGGACUUGGAUGCAUUUGCAAUGUGACAUAUGAAUCAGCUUGCAGAGUUCUUGUUGAACUUGCUAUUCCAUGCGAGAAACAGGGUCUGCGAGUAUUUGAAGGUUUCACCGUUGGUUUUCAUCCACGCUCAUGGGAAAUAGUUUACAAUGGCAUGACUCAAUUGGGUUUCGAGAAGUCCCACCAUGAAUUUAGCUUCGAAACUGAACCGUCUCAUGUAGCCCUUUAUAUGACUGCAAUUGCUUCCCUUUCAAAUUUAGUGCAGAAACCAACUGUUAAGGUCUUCCCAGAACAUGGCCUUGAGGUUAGGUUAUCAGGCUCAGGGGCAAAUGGGAGCCCACCCACAACCUUGUCGCCCACGAUGUUGAUGGUUGAUUGGAGAUGCGAGAAGGCUCAAGAUACUCCCUAUGAAGUUGAGAUUACUAUCCCAGUGGAGAGCUAUGCACCCAUUCAAUUUACUCUUACAAAAAUGUGUGAACAUAGGCAGAAUGAAGGGGGCAACACUACGAGAGGAUGGGCUGUAUUUGGAGUGAUAUCUUGCGUAUUUAUCGUUUCCUCAAUUCUAUUUUGCUGUGGAGGGUUUGUUUACAAGACACGAGUGAAAAAUCUGCGUGGUCUUGAUGCACUGCCAGGCAUGACAUUUUUAUCUGCAUGUUUAGAAACUGUGAGCGAAGGAGGGCAUGGGUAUUCCAGACCAGAAGACCUUAAUAAUUCUUUUGUCAAUCAAGCCUCUUGGGAACAUCCGCCUGCUUCUGCUCAAGGAACAAGCAGAACAAGUGAAAGAACAUAUGGUUCGAUUUGAACCUCUCGCAUUUUGCAGAUCUUCACCUUUCCUAGUUCUGUGACUUGGAUGUAUUGAUACGGAGAUGCCACCUAUUGAAAAUGCAGUCAUCUUUUGGAGAAAAGAAGCAUUUGAAAGUUGAGUUUUACACUUUUCAUCCCAAUGCAAGCAGAUGUAUGCUUUCUCUGGCCGGGGCGAAACAAUACGGCACAACUUGGUUUUGUAAAUUGAAUGAUGUGUGUUGUAACAUGUGCGUGUUUGAUGUUUAAGUUUCCCAACAGAUAGAAUGCAGUAAACUAUACAACAUUGAAGAGUAUACCACAUACCACUUAAGCUUGGUUGAAAUUUAAAAUUGUUCUGGAUAAAUAAAUAAAUAAAAAGGUUAUGGAUGAGAUUUCCUUUGUUUUGCACCA